AUCGAAUGACAUUUCUUCUGAAAUUAUUCAUAAAAUUAAGUUUAACUACUACAAGAAUUACAACUAUGGGCUUAAAGGUCGAGUUACCAAUGGCUAUAAACAACAUCAUUAAAAGAGUAGAAUUAUUUUCUAUUGGCAACAUUCAAUCGAUUUGAGACGCCGCUGUCAAACGAAAAACAUUGCGUUUUGCCCGUUGUGGAAAUUUAACCUUUUUACAAACAAUACUGAGACGAAAUCUCUUGGAAAUGAAGAAAACUCACAAUACAAGGCAAAAGACUUUGAAUGAUCCCGUAAUAGUGUCACGUGUAAAAAAUUAUUUGGCCGAAAAUGUGGACAAAACGUUUGUCGAUGUCAGUCAAAUGGCGCGUUCUCUGAAAGAGCGGUACCGCGAGUAUAACAAUAGGAGCGACACUGCCUUCUGUCAGAUGGUCGAAGCUGCGUACAAGGUUGUACUACAGAGUUACGGCCUCGACGGAGCGUCCACAUCAGAUGGGUCGGAGGAAGAGUCAGAUUUAGAAUUGUUAGACGAAAACACCAGUGCGUUAAACGAACGUAUAUUGGCCAUGUACAAAAUGCAAGAUAAAAAACGUCCGGCUGCGAGUCGGCGCCCCACCGACAAGGCAGGCGAGCCUAUCGACAUCUUGAGCAGCGAUGAAGACGGCAGUGCGGCUCCCAAAUUACCGAAAAUUAACGACCAAAUAACUAUCACACCACAUAUCCCAGCCAGAACUAACAGCACGGCGAUUGAGAGUGCACUCAAACAACAAAACCAACCACUUGAUAAAAAACGUAAGCUUGACAGCAAUAAAAGUGGAGCACCAAAGAAAAAACAUGAGACUGGAUCAGCAAAAAUGGUUAAAAUAGGUUUUGAGGAUAUUGGUGGUCUUUCUGACAUCAUUACGCAGAUCUGCGACUUGAUAUUACACAUGAAACACCCUGAAGUAUAUAGUAAAUUGGGAAUUAAAGCACCCAGAGGAGCAUUACUACAUGGCCCUCCGGGGACGGGUAAAACCUUAUUAGCACAUGCAAUAGCAGGUAAACUGCAGUUACCUCUUGUUUCUGUGACUGGAACUGAAUUAGUUGGAGGUGUGUCUGGCGAGUCGGAAGAGAGAAUUAGAGAGUUGUUUGAGAGAGCUCAAGCUGCCGCACCAAGUGUGUUGUUUAUUGAUGAAAUUGAUGCAGUUUGUGGUAACCGAAUACAUGCACAAAAAGACAUGGAAAAACGUAUGGUUGCUCAAUUACUGGCUAGUUUAGAUAGUUUGAGUGAAAAUAACUCUUCAGUUUUAGUUCUUGCAGCUACAAAUAACCCUGAUGCCUUAGAUCCUGCUUUGAGAAGGGCAGGUCGCCUAGAGCAAGAGAUUACUUUAGGUAUCCCUACAUUAAAGGCUAGGAAAGAAAUAAUAAACAUUCUCUGUAAAAACAUAACGUUGAGUGAAGAUGUGGACAUGAACAUUUUAGCUCAAGUCACUCCCGGUUUCGUUGGAGCUGAUUUACAAGCUCUGGUGAACAAAGCUAGCACAUAUGCAGUGAAAAGGAUAUUUAGUGAAAUUCAUGCAGAAGAAUUAAAAGCUAGUAAAGAAGUCAUUAAAGUUGAUUCAAAUAAUGAUGAGAUCGCUAUUGUAUCAAAUGGUGAAAAAGAAAGUGAAGACAAAAAUAAAGAAAAUGAGACAACGGAUGAUGUAGCUAAACCUACAGAGGAGCAGCUACCUAUUGAACCAAUAAGUAAUGAGGCAAACAAGGAUAUUACAGAAGGACAGGAAGAGAAUGUAAGCAGUAACCCUCCAGAAAAACUUAGCAUUGUUGAUGAAGUUUUAGAGCUUCUCAAUGUCAGGCCAUACAGCGUAGACAAAUUAUCAGGCCUUGCCAUUAAACAAGAAGAUUUUUUGAAAGCUUUAAAGACCACAAAACCUUGUGCUGUAAGGGAGGGUAUUGUGACUGUCCCAGAUGUAACAUGGGAUGAUGUGGGGUCGUUAAAGCAAGUCCGCAAGGAUUUACAACUGGCUGUACUUGGUCCAGUUAAAUACCCAGAACUCUUAAACAGCUUAGGACUGUCUGCGGCGAGCGGUGUGCUUCUUUGUGGUCCACCAGGAUGCGGUAAAACUUUGUUGGCAAAAGCAGUGGCCAAUGAAGCUGGCGUUAAUUUUAUCUCAGUUAAGGGUCCUGAGCUGCUCAAUAUGUACGUGGGUGAGAGCGAGCGCGCCGUCAGGACUUGCUUCCGUCGAGCUCGGAACUCGGCACCCUGCGUUAUAUUCUUUGAUGAGUUUGAUGCGCUCUGUCCGCGACGAACGUCACGCGAUCACGACGGUGCGGCUCGCGUCGUCAACCAGCUCCUUACUGAGAUGGACGGCAUCGAAGGGCGCGAGGGCGUGUUCGUACUCGCAGCCUCCAACCGACCGGACAUUAUAGAUCCCGCCGUACUGCGGCCCGGCCGACUCGACCGCGUUAUGUACGUCGGCAUGCCGGCCCGGGACGAUCGAAGCGAUAUCCUCGUCAAGCUCACCAAGGGAGGAUCUCGGCCGCGCCUGGCUGCCGACGUGGACCUGCGCGAGGUGGCAGGGCUCACCGACGGGUACACAGGUGCCGACCUGGGCGGACUGGUGCGGACUGCGGCCACGCUAGCACUGAGCGAGCUCAUCGCCGAGGGUCGCGGGGCGGACGCCGACGUGUCGGUGCGCGCCGAGCACUUUCGUGCGGCCCUAGCGCGCUGCAAACCUUCCGUUUCGGCGAAGGAGCAGCUUCAUUACGAGAAGCUAAGGAUGAAAUACGCAUCUGGAGCGGACGACAGGGACAUGGAGAUGGAGACGGAGCCGCUGGUGGAGGAGUCGAUGGACACCGUGUGAUCCGCAGCAACGCGCCUGAGCCGACAGUGCCAAGUUCCUUUAAUUAACCUAUAUUUGCGUUCGUUCGGAAUGGGUUGAGUGCCCCUUGCAUGGCGAUAAGUAUGUUCAAAUAGUUUUAAGCGUUUGACAAAUACACCAGUAUAUUCAUACCCUAUUUGUAAACUACACAUUUGAAUUACAAUAUCAAAUAUAAAUUAUUUUUACUAUUAUUGUUUUGUUAAUGGUAAUAUAAUACAAAUGACCUCGACUGACCAUUAGAUAUCAUCAUUAUAAGAAACACACAUAUACUAGAUUUUGUAAAAAUUAAAAUACAAUAAAAUAAGUCAUAAUAAAUAAA